AUGCUUCCCAUUAAUAAGUUGAAAGGUUGGACGUAUCUGUUUCUCGAGAGUGAAGACAAUGGCGAUAAUGAAAGCCCUAGGCGAAGUGGGAGAAGAAGAGGAGCCGUAUCGAAUAAGAUAAUGAUAAAAAGAGAUAAAGAUGGUCUCGAGCUCAAAGCUGGUGAUAGCAUAGAGGUCCAGCAGCAAAAAAUUUCCGAUACACAAAUAGCUUUGAUUAUAUCCAUUGAGUUUGGAAUCAGCUCUGUCGUGAAGUUGGAGGUUCUAUGGUUCAACAGGUCAAGUGAAAUUGACUUAACGAUCAAUCUGGAUAGGUCUUUGGAGGAGAAGGAACUUUUCAUAACUCCAUUUAAAGAUAUCAUCCCCGUUGAUGUGGUCAAGGAAAAUGUGAAUGUGAUGACACAUGAAGCAUAUAUGGAAUUGUCUAAGAAAGAACACCGAGCAUACUUUUGUCGGAUGGCUAGUGAUGAAGACGGCCAGCAUUUAAGUCAACCUCUCUCAUACGAUGUGGUAUUGGCUACUUUGAAACAAGAUCCUAAAACUUUAGUUGAGCUUAUCGGCGAUAUGACUGAGGAAAAUGACAAAAAACAAAGGACAGAAACGCCCACACAAAAACGAAAUCCAGAAGCUUCCGAAUCAGCUUCUCAAAAGGCUCGCCAACUGGAGAAGAAAUUGAUCAACAUAUCCAGCGAGGAAUCUGACUCAGAAGAUGACCGGGAUGUCGAAGAGAUAGAUUUAGAUUCUCUGGAUGAAGAGUUCCACAGUGCCCAAACUUCUCCAAAGAAGAGGAGAGCUACCUCCAAGCCGACUACUCCUCGAAAAACUAGUCUCCGAAAACCUCGAGCCCCACCCCAAAAUGAUAGAGGAUUCCAAGAAUCAGAAGAGUUCAUGAAGAAGGUCUUGGGUAGGAAGGUUAUGAUCUAUAACUCAUUGCCGGUGCCCACAUUGUCAUCACCGAAGAAGAGAACAAAGAAAAAUGAUUCAACCUAUGGAAAUCUCGAUACAAGCUCUACUGCUUUCAAAGACUUGAAGAAAAAGCUUCAUACAUCCGCAAAACUUUCUUCGCUUCCGUGUCGUGAAGAUGAGUUCACUACGUUAUAUUUAAACGUUGAAAAUUCAAUCAAAGAGCAAACUGGAUGCUGCUUAUACAUAAGUGGGACGCCUGGUAUUGGUAAGACCGCCACUAUACAAGAAGUCAUGAGCUCAAUGGAAGAUCUCAAAGAGAAAGGAGAAGUAAAUGAUUUUGAUUACGUUGAGAUAAAUGCAUUAAAGCUUAUCAAUCCAAACUAUGCAUAUUCUGUGCUUUGGUCAAAAAUCAGUGGCUUGGACGUUAGUCCUUCGUAUGCUGCUUUGUUUUUAGAUGCUUACUUCAAGGAAGACUCGCCGUCCAAAAAACCAAUUGUCGUAAUGGUAGAUGAACUCGACCUGAUGGCUACCAAAAAGCAAAACGUCAUGUACAAUUUUUUCAACUGGCCCACAUAUCCUAACUCCAAGUUAAUUGUUCUUGCAGUUGCCAACACUAUGGACUUACCAGAAAGAGUCCUUACAAACAAAAUUUCAUCAAGAUUAGGUAUGCGAAGAAUUCAAUUCAUUGGUUAUACUUUUGAGCAGUUGGGAUGUAUUAUAGAUCACCGAUUGAGCAUGAUUCAACGUCAAAGCAAGCAAAAAGUCAUAAUAGAGCUGGAUGCUAUAAACUUUGCUUCCAGAAAAGUUGCUAGUGUUAGUGGUGAUGCUCGUAGAGCUUUACAGAUCUGUAGAAGAGCAGUCGAGAUUGCCGAAUUGGAGUAUCAAACAUCGGCAAAUGGGGAUGAACACUCUUCAGAUGUUUUCCACGUGAAGAUUCCUCAUAUCGCCAAAGCCAUCAACGAGUCAACCAAUUCACCCAUUGCGCAGUAUGUUGCAAGCUUGUCAAUGGCAUCUAAAUUGAUUUUAUGUGCUCUUCUUUUGAGACAGAGACGAUCCGGGUUGGCUGAGAAUCCAUUGGGCGAUAUUAUUGACGAGAUCAAAAUAUUACUUAGAAUGGCCAGCUCAAAAAGUCUCCGACUUUCUGGUACUAUAAGUGGGCAUAUCGAUGUUGCUGAGGCAUUACUAGAUGGUAGAAUGACAAAUGAUCAAGCAAAAACCAGCAUUAGAAUCGAAAACUUUAAGUUUCUCAUUUUUGAACUCAUAGAGAAUGGGAUCUUAAAUGCGCAGGACAUUAAAAGUGAGCGGUACCGCCUUGUUUCAUUGAAUGUAUCGCAGGAUGAAGUGAUGUCGACUUUGAAAAGGGAUGAUCAAGUGUCUGGGUUUUUGUAAAACUAUUAUAGGUUAAAAACAUAUAAAGGGAUUCAACCUGCAUUAUUUCGGCUGCAAAAUCGCUUUCUGCGAGCAUCUCUUUCUCAUCGCGAAUCCAAAAAAAAGUUCAUACAACCAAAAGAAUAUGAGCAGAAUAGAUCCAACAGAGUUUGUUCAAGCCCUUGAUGGACAAAGUUCUCUUAAGUUUCCGAAUGAAAGACAGCAAUCACAUUUUGAACUAGGUGUCACCAUGGCUGUUCACAAGUGGGAAGAGUUGAACGUCGCUGUUGACAAUUCCUGGGGUGGGCCUAACUCUGCAGAUAAGAGAGAUUGGAUAUCAGGUAUUGUUAUCGAUUUGUUCGAGGAAAAGAUAGUUGAUGUUCAAUUAGUUGAAGAAACAUUAUUAUACGCCAUGUUAGAUGAAUUCGAUGUUCAUGUCGAUAACGAUUCAGCUCUUGAGAUUGCCAACAUGAUAAUCAAAUUCUACCAAAAAGCACAAUUGAAUGAUUUCAGUGAUAUAGAUAUCCUCUAUGAAAGAUGGCAAAUUAGACAACAGAAUAGACAGGCACAAAAAGUCAAGGUUGAAGAUGAUCCAGAAAAUCCUAGCAGUGAUGAAGAAGAUGAUGAAGAACAUGAGCAUUAUCAUGAGGACCAGCACAUAGACGACUCGAUGGAAGUCGAUAACGGUCCAGUAGUCGACGAUGAUGGGUUUACUUUGGUGCAAACCAAAAAGGGAAAUAGAAGACGGUAGGGUGCAUAACCUCGUAAAUAUAUUUUGUACGAUUAAUAAUAUGUAAAAAGAAUCAAUCUUAAUUACUGAUUGAGUUUCUUGGAGUGUUUGUCCUUGAACGGUUGAGGGUAUUCAACGAGUGGAAGGAUGACACAGAGUUUCCUCUGGUUGGGAAAUAGGCCUCCGGUUCUUGGGUUGGAGUAUUCAUGCCUGAAACCGGUGUAGCACUUCUUAUCUGUUGCAAUCUUAAGUCACUCAAUCUCCUAGACAAAUUAGAAGGUCUAUCCAAAGAAGGAGUCCCCGGCAUAGACUGAUUUGGAAUGACACCUAACUUAGAGUUGAAGAUGUCGAAUAAACUUGCUUCUGUUUUGAUCUUGAAUAAUCUUAUAUUUGUUUGAGACCAGUGAUUGACUUUAGUUAUUGACUUUUCCACCUCUGCAACUGUUUCUGGGGUUUCAACAAUUGCGUUCAUGGUGGUAUCUCCUCCUUGGAAGAACUUACCGAACGAUAAAACGGUAGAGGCUAAGUUUUUCACAAUUUUGUAGUUUCCACCAGUAGCAUGUUCAACACUGUCAAUUCCAUUGUAGAUAUCACUGAAAAGCAAUGACAAGUACCAGCCCAAGGAGAUUGUACUCCAAGAAAAUUUCAAUGGAAUUAAAGGAGAUGUAGGAAGGAAGUCAUAGUUGAUUUGUUUCAGGUUUUCUUCAAUCACUUUUGCAAAAUCGGCAUCAGCAAUAUGUUGAACCAACGUAAAGGCGUCAAUACCUGGUGCGUUAUCAACCGCCCAAACCUCACUCAAAGUGAGCUUCAAGUGUGGGAUAAUCACCGUGAUAAUGAUCCUCAAUGCAUCAUUGCCGGCCCAGGUUUUGCUUAUGCUAGCCUCCUUUCUUUGUUUACCUCUGGCUUUUGUUGUCAUGCCCGUUGGAAGACUAGGUCUCAAUGCCCUGUCAAUAGCCUUUGCCUCAACUUCAUAUGCAUCU